CAACCGCUCACAGCCAUUCCCCCGCCCCUAUCUCGGAACUCCGAGAAUGACCCACCUUACUGAUCAACCACGACUGGGCACCUAUAUAUUGCCAUCAUAACCAUUCUGAAAUCAGCCUACACGCAUUUCCUGAACCAUUGACUCAAGCUACGAAGCGCACGCCUAUCCUCAAGGAUGACAUCCACCUACUCAACAAACCACACUCCCAGCGUCCUCCGCACGCACAACUGGCGCACCCUCGCCAACUCCGCACCAUACCUCCUCCCCCACCUCAAUCACCUCCAAUCCACCACCUCCAACCUCAAAAUCCUGGACAUCGGCUGCGGACCAGGCAGCAUAACCAUUGACUUAGCCCGCCAUCAUCCAACCGCCCAGGUUACAGGUCUGGACUCCUUCGCCGACCCGCUCCCCACCGCGCGGCGCCUCGCCGCCGCCGAAGGCCUAGCCAACGUCACCUUCGACGUCGGCGACAUCCACGCCCUGGACUUUCCCGACAACACCUUCGACCUCGUUCACGUCCACCAGGUCCUGCAGCACAUCGCCGACCCCGUCCAGGCUCUCCGCGAGAUGCGCCGCGUCGCCAAACCCAACGGCGGGAUCGUUGCCGCCCGGGAAUCCAGCAUCCACACCUGGCACCCGGCGAACCGCGGGAUCGAGCUCUGGGACCGUCUGACCCGGGAGCUGGCGCAGCGGAGCGGCGGGAACCCGCACCCCGGGGCGAGGAUUCACGUGUGGGCGGAGGAGGCGGGCUUCGCGCAGACGCAGAUCCAUAAAAGCACGGGCAGCUGGUGUUUCAGUUCGGCGGAGGAGCGCGAGUAUUGGGGCGGCUCCAUGGCGGAGAGGGCGCGCAACUCGGGGUUUGCGGAUCGGGCGGUGGGGAGUGGACUGGCAACGAGGGAGGAGCUGGAGGUGGUGGUGGACGGGUGGCGGGAGUUUGUGGCGUGUGAGCAGGGGUGGUAUGGGAUGUUGCAUGGGGAGAUUGUUUGUUUCAAGUGA